AUGUCAGGGGAUGCUGCCCUGGACGUGACUGACGUCAAGGCCGAAGACGAAAAUGACACCAACCCUACCAUCAUUCCCCGAGAUGCCGAUGAAGACAUCAACAAAGAAAUGCUCUCUAGACCACUGGAGCCGGGAACCAAGGCUGCUCGAUACACCGGCCCGCCCCGAUGUGGUAAGAUGCUAUCAUUCCAUCCCGGUGUAUUCCGUCAAAGCUACCGAACUUUUGUGAAAGGCACCAGCAGGGAACUUAAGAAGCAAGAGGAGGCUGAGCAGGGACGUUUCACCAGGUGGCGCACCAACCCCGAUGAGAUCGAUUCCUCGAGCAUUCCCAUCAUCCAACUGACCGAAGCGUCGGACUCUGCGCAAUCAUUCGAAGCCUUCCACGCAACUGUCAUCGAACCAAACAAGGAGGCCAUCGAUCGUAUACUUGUGGAGUAUAACAAGAGCAUUCACAUUCUCGACCAACGCAAUGAUGUUCAGUUCUUUGAGAAGUACCGUAAACAGUACACCAGCGGAUAUCUUGACGAUUUUGGACGACCUCGCACCAAAUUCAGCCUUCGACCUGAUAAAGCGUUAGACAUACAUAUUGGCUUCCUCUGCACUUCAAAGGAAGCGAACCACGACUGCGAACACGGCCCAUCCUUCCGAUACUUCUUCUCCAAAGCCGCCGAAGCAGAUGAGACCCCCGGCGAAGUCUUCUUCUCGAUGCCUCGCAACGCUCGCAUCACCGUCAAGUUUUGGGAGGACCGGGUUCGAGAUGUAGCGAGAGACACGAUGCGCGAGACGGUACGAGAUAAUAACUGGAACUGGGCGGCGGUGCUGGCUUCGGCUGUUCUGAAGAGAGGAUUCGCACCUUCGGAAUAUGACUUGGGAGGUUUUGUGAACUGGAAGGGGUUUGAAGAGAAGAAUGGUCUUGGCAGUCUCUUCUAUGGAGUUGUAUCGUCGGAUGAGUCUGAGUCUUCUGCUGAAGAGUCGUCCUCUGCCGGGGAUGAAUGA